AAAUUUGACGCAAUUGUGAGCCCUGCUAAUUCGUACGGUCGGAUGGACGGUGCCUUCGACGAUGCCAUCUCAAAACUACUCUCUCCUCCCACGGACUACUUUGCUUUAACGCGAUUCGUACAGGCGGAGUUAUACAAGGAGUGGAAGGGCUUCGCAGUCCCUGGCUCAGCAUCGGCGUUGCUACUCCCAGACAACGUCAUCGAUGCACAAAAGGGUACAACAGAUUGCAAAUAUCUGAUACUUUGCCCAACAAUGCACUGGCCUCAAGAUAUUUCGUGGAAUCGUGACAUUGUCUACAACGUAGUUUGGGCUCUACUUGCCGAGAUAACGCGGCACAAUAGUGAUAUAAAGGGAAACACCGAGUAUGAUUCUGGCUCUCAGACUCCACGACACGAUUCGGUGCACGAGAAGCCACUAAUUCGUAGUGUCUUGAUGCCAGGACUGGGGGUUGGCACGGGAAAGAUACCCUAUGAUCGCUUUGCAAUGCAAUUUGCGCUGGCGGUGAAGAACUUCGAUGAAGCAAUUCGCAUGCCAGCGAAGUGGAGCUCACUCGAGUGGGAAGACGUACAAAGCAUCAUAAAGCAAUUGGAGAAUACGUGGUCAGAG